ACAAGCGUCGAUUACCACCAUGAAACAAGCGGCUCAACUGGUGUUCUUGUACUUCUCAAUCUGCUCAGCUUUUGUUCCUUUCGAGGAAUUAAUUUCUGGGCUGUUCCCCUCAUCUUCAUAUGUGUAUGUAAGUGAUGAAACGUUGUUGAUAAUGAAUGUUAGAAAACCCAGUUUUCUUGACAUGGGUCUUUGCUAAUUGUGUUUAUCUUUAAUAUAGUCUGUGGUCAAUGGCACAACUGCUAACAAAAUUUACCCUUGAUUAUCUUGCCAAGAAUUGUUCUUUAUCUCUAAAAGUUUCUUCUUUUACUUUAGUUUUUGUGAAAGACCUGAAGAUUAUUCAAGUGCCAUGUGUUAGAUAUGGAUACCCUUUGUCUUUUUGUUCGAAUCUUUGCUGUACAAGUAGUAAUGUAGAAAGGGUUUGGUGGGAAAGUUCUUCUCAGACACUUCUGCUGAGGAAACUUGAAAUUAGUUUGAAAGAUCAUGAUUUGGAUAAGGCGUGGGAUUCGUAUAAAGGGUUUAAGAAAUUGUAUGGGUUUCCUGAAAGGAAUGUGAUGAGUAAGCUUGUUACCAAGCUGUGUUACUCUUCUGAUGCCAAGUGGCUUCGAAGAGCUUGUGCUUUAGUGUCUUUGAUUCGGAAAGGGAAAUCAGAUCUGCUUCGUCCGUGUUUGUUGACUAAUUUGUCGCUGUCGUUGGCACGAGCUCAAAUGCCGGUUGAUGCCUCUAAAAUUCUCAGGUUGAUGCUUGAGAAGGAGUGGUUACCGGAGAUGAAUAUGUUGGGGUUGAUAUUUCUUCAUUUAGUGAACACGGAGAUUGGGAUGUUUUUGGCGUCAAAUAUAUUGUUUGAGAUUUGUGAAUGUACAAAAACAUCUUCUGGUGAAAAUCAAAUAAAGGUUGAUACUGUGACUUUUAAUCUUGUUCUUGAUGCUUGUGUAAGGUUUGGAUCCUAUUUGAAAGGUCAACAGAUAAUUGAUUUAAUGGCAAAAGUAGGGGUUGUAGCUGAUGUAUACACCAUCACUGCAAUUGCUCAAAUCCAUGAAAUGAAUUAUCAGAGGGAUGAGCUGAAGAAAUUUAAAGAUCAUGUUGAGAAGGUUUCAUAUCGUUUUGUUCAUCAUUAUCAACAGUUUUUUGACAGUCUCCUGAACUUGCAUUUGAAAUUUAAUGAUGUAGAUUCUGCUUCUAGUUUGAUAAUGGACAUGUAUAAACAUCAGGUGUCUAUUUCUUGUCAAGACGAUACAAUGAAACCACAGAACCCUUGUCUUGUCCCUAUUGGUUCACAAAAUCUCAAAAGUGGGUUAAAACUACAAAUUUCACCUCAGGUGCUACAGAAGGAUCCAGUCGUUCAGGUUGAAGGCAAGCAGGAGCUUAUUCUACACCAAAAAGGCAAACUUGUUCUCAGCAACAAAGCACUUGCUACGAUCAUCAGUAUAUUCAAGAGAUCUGGAAGGAUUAGCGACCUCUCAAAGCUUUUAAUUAGCAUUGAGAAGAAUGUUACUUCAGUGCAAGGAGAAAAUUUAUGUUCGGGUGUUGUUGAUGCCUGUAUUCACAUUGGAUGGCUAGAAACUGCCCAUGACAUUUUGGAGGAUUUGGACUCGAUGGGGGUACCGUUGGGGAUGAAUUCUUAUUUAUCACUUUUCAAAGCUUAUUACAAACAACAGAUGUUUAGAGAAGCAGAAGCUCUGACUAAACAAACCGAGAAAGCUGGGGUCUUUGGAAAUAUGUCCAGUGAGUUGAUCUACUCUACAUUUCUUUCCCUUCACGAAAAGAAAACUUCACAUGCAGAGGCAGUAUCAAUAUGUGAUAAGUCAGAUUUGGCUAACUCUCUAGUGCGAGAAAUAAUUAAAGAGCAAGAAGAGACCUCAUUUGUGGUAAACGAGCUCAACUCCUCUAUCUCCUUCUUCAUGAAAGCGAAUAUGAUUGAUGACGCAGUGAAGGCAUACAGAAGAAUGCAGGAGAUGAGUAUACAUCCCACACGGUUAACUUUCUUUACUCUGAUUUCUGGCUAUUCCUCUUUGAAUAUGUAUCGUGAAAUUACAAUCAUAUGGGGUGACAUCAAAAGGAAUAUGGAGAGUGGUAGUCUAGCAUGUCACAGGGAUUUGUAUGACUUGUUACUGUAUAAUUUUAUUCGCGGUGGAUACUUUGAACGAGUAAUGGAGAUCAUUAGUCACAUGAAGGACCAUGGGAUGUUCAUGGACAAAUGGAUGUAUAAAAGAGAGUUUCUAAAGUAUCAUAAGGCUCUUUACAGGAACUUGGAAGCUUCCAAUGCUAAAAAUGAGGUUCAAAGUAAUAGAAUUGAAUAUGUCCAGGCAUUUAGAAAGUGGGUUGGUAUUUCUUGACGUGAAGAAAGUAUUUAGUUUCUAGUUUUGGGACUGUCUUCCAAGCUUUAUUGAUUGACCACUAACCCUUCUCAAACAGCUUUGCAGGACUCACCAAGCAACUACACAGAGACAUAGAACCCGUACUCGCAUGGACCCAACUGCCAAAGUGAGUUUUUGUCCAUUGUCUUCACCCUCUGUAUAUAUGAUUAGAAGCACAAAUGGAAGAACCGGCCCAUGCCUUUUGAUCGAGCUGACAAGCUGAUGACAAUUUUGUUUGAAAUGAACAUUUUGACGAAUACAACUCUCGUACACAAAUUUCAGGGGGUGUAAGAAUUGCUUACUGAGACAAUUUUACAACAAUCAUCAUCCUGUGUGGGUACAAUUACCUUUCAACUUAACCCUUGUAACCGUCACCGGCCGUCAACUUCAACUGCUGAUGCCUUCCUGAGUCUUCUUGCUUCAAUAGUCAGAUAAGUCCUUGUAAGAUGAGUGAAAGGAAGUGACUUGCUCGAAGAUGUAUUUUGAACAAAAUUUCCCUGUCUUACUUCAGAUUUUUGUUUAAGCACAUAUUUCAGGUCUCCAGCCAAGAUCCCACAGAUCAAAAGUUCAAAAUUGUUAGUUAUGCUUUUCAGCUAAACUCCAUGGUUUUGGAAUAUCUAGUUCUUAACUUUGAUUAAAGGUCGAUUUUGAGAACUAUUUAGACCUCUCAAAAUCUGGACUGAAUUUUGAUUUUUCCAUUUCUAGUUAUUUGGUCCAUGCUUAGCUGUUCAAUUAUAACUUAUACUUUUUACAA